AUGAUGUUAAACGAAUUGAUUUCUAGGAAAGGUAGUUCUGGAGCAUAUUAUCUUCCUGUUUUGUAUUCUGAUUUCUUUCUGAAUAUGGAUUCUUCUCUUUUCUGUUUAUCUUGGGAUUUUAGUUUUCUUGAUUCCUUAAAUGCUAUGUGGGUGUCAGAGAGUAUAUGGACUGUGAAUACAGUUGGUAUACUGUUUUUUUUUGAAAUAUUUGAGUUUGAUGCAAUGGAUGAGCCUCCAUCUGUGUUGGAAGUGGAAGUUUGGAAGUUAGCUCUAGCAUGCCACACUAAAGUGCACUUAAGAAUUUUCUUGGACAACACUAGAGGUGGGAAUGUCGUAAAACACUAUAUAAGUAAAAUGGAGAAAGAAGAUUAG